AUGACUGAAUAUUUAUUAAAGAAAAUUUUUGAAAAAACUCUUAUAAGUGGAAUUUCAGUUUCAAAAAAUAAAUUUAAGCAAAAAUAUAUUUUUUAUUCAACUUUAAAAAAUCGUUAUAAUUGUUUUAAUUCAAAAAAUGUUCUUUCAAACAACAACAUUGUAAAAAUUAACAGUUGUAACUCUCUAAUUUUUUUUAAAAAAGAAUUUACUACAAAAAAUGAAAAAGAAAAUAAAAAUGCUAAAGAAACAUCAAAUAACAAAAUAAUAAAUAUUAAUAACAUAGAGAUAGAGGGGAAAAAAUUAAACAAUAAGGAGGGAGAAACAUUUGUAUAUCAAAGUGAUAAAGAAAUUAAUUUAACAAAAACAUGCCAUAAUAAUGAAAAAUCCACAAAUGAAAGUUUAAUAGAGGUAAAUGAAGAGAAAAAUAAAAAAAAAGAAAAUGAAGGAAGUAGUGAAUUAGCAGAAGAAAAAAAAAAUAAAGAAUACUUAGUUUUAAUGUUUACAUGUAAAAUAUGUGAAAAAAAAAGUGCAAAAAAGUUUUCUAAACAAGCAUAUUAUAAUGGAGUUGUAAUUAUUAGAUGUCCAUCUUGUGAUAAUCUUCACUUAAUAUCUGAUCAAUUAGGAUGGUUUCAAGAUGGGAAGACAAAUAUAGAAAAAAUUUUAGAAGAAAAGGGAGAAAAAGUUAUUAAAAAAUUUUCUUAUAAUAAUUUAUUAGAGAUAGAUGAUCUGUUAAAUGCAUAUAAAUGA